CUUUCGGCGGGCAGUUGUGACGUCACCAGCCCUUGUCGGGUUGCUGCGGCACCACCGAUGGGAUGUAGCUAUUUAGCUGCCUCUAGCGAGGGGAGACGCGGCCUCCGAGCGCCCCAGAUGCCGGAAAGCUGGGACGCGGGGGUUCGCGCGCUGACCCCGCAGCGAUGGUGAAACGGAAGUCCUCCAGCGGAGCCAGAAGUCCCCGCGGAAGCAGGGUCCUUUCCGGGACGGUGGCCCCGAGGCUGCUGCCUGGACGGCGGCGGGAGCAUCCUCACCUGCAUAUUAAAAUGGCUGUACCUCAAGAUGCCAUCCCUUCCUUGUCGGAAUGCCAGUGCGGGAUCUGCAUGGAAAUCUUCAUGGAGCCGGUGACACUGCCCUGUAACCACACGCUCUGUAAUGCAUGCUUCCAGUCGACUGUGGAGAAGGCGAACCUAUGCUGUCCCUUCUGUCGGCGUCGGGUCUCUUCGUGGACCCGGUAUCACACUCGAAGAAAUUCUCUCAUCAAUAAGGAACUGUGGGAGGUAAUUCAGAAACACUACCCAAAGGAAUGCAAGCUUAGAGCCUCUGGGCAAGAAUUAGAAGACACCGUUGAUGACUAUCAGCCAGUUCACCUGUUAAGUAAACCUGGAGAAUUGAGAAGAGAAUAUGAAGAGGAGAUAAGCAAGGUAGAGGCAGAGCGACGGGCCAGUGAGGAAGAAGAAAACAAAGCCAGUGAAGAGUACAUACAGAAAUUAUUGGCAGAGGAGGAGGAAGAAGAAAAGAGACAGGCAGAAAAAAGGAGAAGAGAGAUGGAAGAACAGCUAAAAAGUGAUGAAGAACUGGCAAGAAAGCUAAGCAUUAAUAUUCUUUUUCUGUUGUUAAAGAACAACUUCUGUGAGAAAAAAGUCUUGGCUUCUCCCAUGAAUUCCAGAAAAUCUGAUCCAGUCACAAGCAAGUUGCAAAAGAAAAGUAAAAAUAAACAAACAAAUACUGGAGAUAUUCAGAAGUAUUUGUCACCUAAAUCUCAAUUUGGGUCAGCAUCACAGUCUGAAGUUGUACAAGAAGGCAAACAAAAGUCCAUGUCUAAGGAAACUGAUAGUAGCAAUGUAAAGAGCCCUAUGUGGCAAGACACAGAAGUGGAGGAAGAUAUGCCAACACUUUCUCCGCAAAUAUACCUUGAAAUUCAAGAACAAGGUGCAAAGUCUUCAAUAGAGUCACCUAUGCCUCAGUUAUGUGCCAGUGAUACAGAAUGGUGCCUUGAAGGAGAAGUCAAAAUGAGACCAAAAAAUCAUGAUAAAGAAUUAUGUGCCAUAAAUCCUGAGAGACCUGAAGCCAGAGUCCCCUAUCCUAGAGAAGCUGCAGUUAUGCCUUGUGGCGAAACAGAGAGUGGGUGUGCUCUAUCAUAUGUGACCCAGAUAAUUGGAAAUAACACAGUUGAGACAGAAAAUGAAGAGUCUUGCCUACUGAUCAGUGAAGAAGGUAUUUGCAAAAGAAAAAAUCAGGAGUCUUCUUUUGAAGCAGUCAGGGAUCCAUGCUUUUCUGCAAAAAGAAGGAAAAUGUCCUCCGAAUCUUCCUCAGACCAAGAGGAAACAGAAACCAGCUUUACUCAAAAACUGUUAGAUUUGGAACAUCUACUUUUUGAGAGACAUAAGCAAGAAGAACAGGACAGGUUAUUAGCACUACAGAUUCAAAAAGAGGUGGACAAAGAACAAAUGAAGCCAAACCGACAAAAAGGAUCCCCGGGUGAAUAUCAUUUACGUUCUACGCCCUCACCUCCAGACAAAUUGCUAAAUGGACAGAGGGAGAAAUCCAAAAAUAGGAACGUAAAAGGACAAGCUGAUACAGAGCAUCCAAAACCUCAAAGAGGCCCCAAAACUGCAAAUUGCCAACCUUCUUUUAAGAUCCAGUUGAGACAUUCAGUUAAUGGAAGAAAGAUGCCAAAUUCUGCUAGAGAUCAUUGUAAUGUAUCUAAAAGUGUUUGUUCCCUACAGCCUAGUAAGUCACAGAAAAGUAUUUUUCAGAUGUUUCAGAGAUACACAGAGUAAUGGGUGGGUAAAGGAAGAAGUAUUUUAGAAACUGGUAAAGCUGGAUUGUGAUGCUCUCUUUUUUAUCAUAGAAUGUUUAUAAAACUUUUUCUGCUUGUGGGCACACUCAUUGCCUCUAAUUGAAUGACUAUGUGAUUACAAGGGAGGAAUAUACAAAUGUACUUCUGCCAAAGUCAGUGAUAACCAAGAGUCUCAAUUCUUUUU